CCCAAGGUAGAGCGAGCGUGCCGGGCCAGCCCCGAGACUCGCCUUGCAAUGCCAUGUUUGUGUGUGCGCUCUAACUCCCGGAGAGCAAUCAGGGAGACGGCUUCCCGGCCGCAGCUGGCUGAUGUUUUCUUGUUUCUGUUUCAGCCUUCAGGAUAAUUCCUUCAGCAGCACCGCUGUAACAGAGUGUGACGAAGAUACAGUUUCUCUACAUGAAGACCAGACUGAUUGUUCUAGUCUUAGAGAUGAAAACAACAAAGAGAAUUACCCGGACACUGGCGCUCGAGUAGAGGAGCACCAGCCCUCGUCGCAUGAGGCGCAGCAGCAUGUAGAGCAGACCUUGCUGCUGGACGGCUUGUUGCGACCCAGCAUGGGCAAUUUCAAGUCCCGGAAGCCCAAGUCCAUCUUCAAAACUGAGAGCGGGAGGAGCCACGGAGAAAGUCAGGAGACAGAGCAUGUGGUGCCCAGCCAGUCCGAGUGCCUGGGUAGAGCAGGAACACCAGUUUAUGAGAGUCCACAAAACAACUCCUUCAGGUGCCAGGAAACAGUGCCACUCCAACCAAGAAUAGACCAGAGGGCUGCCAUUUGGCCAAAGGAUGCUUUUGAAACUCAGCAAGACUUAAAUGAGGAAGCUGCUGCCCAGGUGCACGGAGUCAAGGACCCAGCCCCAACAUCAAGCCAGAGUGUGCCGGCUGAUGGAGCCAAUUCUGCAGACUCCAUGACAACCCACAAAGAUGGGCAAAAUGAAGCCGACAGCACACCAGAAGAUGUGUCUGUGGGAACCAGCAGGCUGCUCUAUCACAUCACUGAUGGUGAUAACCCCCUGCUGUCACCUCGAUGCUCCAUCUUCAGCCAGAGCCAGAGAUUCAACUUAGACCCUGAGUCAGCCCCUUCUCCACCCAGCACUCAGCAGUUUAUGAUGCCCCGAAGUUCCUCACGGUGCAGCUGCGGUGACGGCAAGGAGCCGCAGACCAUUGCCCAGCUCACCAAGCAUAUCCAGAGUCUCAAGCGGAAAAUCCGGAAAUUUGAAGAAAAGUUUGAGCAAGAAAGGAAGUAUCGGCCUUCACAUGGUGACAAGACUUCUAAUCCUGAAGUACUGAAAUGGAUGAACGAUUUGGCUAAAGGUCGUAAACAGCUCAAAGAACUAAAGCUGAAACUAUCAGAAGAACAAGGGAGUGCUCCUAAAGGCCCUCUGAGAAACCUGUCCUGUGAGCAACCUAUUGUCCCAAGAGAAAAUGGGAAGCCAGAAGCUACAGGCCCUGAGCCAAGCUCUUCUGGAGAGGAGACUUCAGAUGCUGUGUGGACAUACCUAAAGGAGAAGAGAGAGCACUUCCCUCCUGAGGAGGAGUCUAAGGUAAUUAAGCAAGACAAGAAUCUCAUAAAGCCCUUUUAUGAUCGAUACAGAAUUAUCAAGCAAAUCUUGUCAACUCCUUCCCUUAUACCAACAAUUCAGGAGGAAGAGGACUCUGAUGAAGACUGUCAACAGGGAAGCCAACAACCUUUACCAGAUUCAAGUUCUUACCUUCCUGUUGGUGACCACCUCGCCUACUCUGAGACAGAGCCUAUUAGGGCCCUGAUACCAGAUGAAAAGAAAGAAGUAAAACAGCCCGCUCUCUCCAUGUCUAAUUUACAUGAGGCUACUAUGCCUGUACUUCUUGACCAUCUCCGAGAAACUAGGGCUGACAAGAAGAGACUAAGGAAAGCCCUAAGAGAAUUUGAAGAACAGUUUUUUAAACAAACAGGAAGAAGUCCACAAAAGGAAGAUAGGAUACCGAUGGCAGAUGAGUACUAUGAAUACAAGCACAUAAAAGCCAAACUGAGACUAUUAGAGGUCCUCAUCAGCAAGCAAGACGUGGCCAAAACUAUUUGAGGUUUAGGAAAUCACCAUCAUUUUCACCCCAGAUAAAAAUUAAGCUUAUUUUCCAUUGCCAUUUGCGCUAAGUAGUUUUGACAUGCUGAAAAUGGAAGCACUUUAGUGGUAGUUUAUUUUUAAGAAAGGAUAGCAAGUUUAUAGACUGUACAAGGAAAAGGAAUUUAACUGGGGAAAACACAAACAGGUAACCAUCUCAUUGGGAAAAAAAAUAGGCUUCUUCCACGCCAAGGACAAAAUUCAGUCAAUAUAAUUAUUUCAAAAAAAUCUAAUAUAUUAUAAAUCUAAAUGACACACACUCGGGCUACUUGUUAGGGAAAAUUUAUUUAGAGUCCAAAGAUUGUUUAUGUCAAUGUAUGGAAAAGAGUGAUUUUUUUAAAAAAUCAGAAAAGGAAAAGAGAUUCUGUUUUUCAAAUAGCAAGGAAAGCCUCUAGUAAGAAAGUAAUUUAUUUGAAAUUUCAAGUGAUAUAACAUCUACUGGCUUGUCCCUUAACUCUGUUAGACUUUCAGUACUCUAAAAUAUACUAAAAGGUGUCACUGCUUUUUUAGUUCAAUAUAAAAACAGCACAUUAUUUUAUCAGUUAUUUGCGGUUUUACAUUUCUGGUUACCAAAGUUCAUUCUGACAGCAUGUACUUUGCGAAUUAUCUUUGUCUAUAACUGACAGAUGUUUAUAUUAAAAUAUUGUAUUAAAAUUUUAAAAUAGGUAUUUUGGAUAGAAUGUGUCUUCGGUAUAUAAUCUAAUGUGACCAUAGUAUUAUUGCUAAUCUUUUUGUUUACUAUAACUAAGAAUAUAUAACUAUUUUUCCAUCAGGAAUAUGCAUUUUUCUUAAUAUCCCAAAGUCUAUACUUCAUAAAGUGAAAAAACUUUCUCAUGAGCUGUGUUCUUCAUUCUGUACAAAAUGAAAGUCUGGAAACUGUUUGCCCUGAUACCUUGGGAAUGAAGCCUGAAUAUUUUAUUUGCUUCACCAAUUUUAGUAUAUUGUUUUGUUAUUUUGUACUAAAACAUGUUUAUUUUGUUUUCUAAAAACAAGCAAAAGGCUGACAUUUUCUUUCAUGUAUGAAUAAUGUUUGUAUUUCUACUUUCUGUAAUGUUUAAGCAUGAUAUUGAAGAAAUUCACAUUUUCAUAUAGUUGAGAAUACUGAUGAUUUCAAAAGGAGACUACUUCAGAGACUUAUUUUCUCUGUAUUUACCUGAUUUUAUAACUUUUAUGAAUGAGAAUAAUGUCCUUCAUAAAUUUGUUUAAUUGAAGUCAUCCACUUGUAACAGGACAGAUACACAACUACUUGAGGUUUACAAAUUACAUCUUUGAUAAGGGAAAUGGUUUCAUGACAAUGUAUACAAUUGCUAUUAAAAUGUAACUCCACAUAUUCGAUAUGAUUGUAAAUAUUUUAUACAAUACAAAUAAAAUAUUUUUCUAUUAUAUUUAUUAUGCUGAAACACAGUUGUUGUUUCCUGUUAGCUAAUAUAAAUAACAUAAAUAACACUGUCAAACAACAAGUUGGAAGUGCUGACAAUUCUAGGCUUCAAGAUUUAACUCAUGCUGCAAUUACACCCUUUCAUGCGUUUGGAGUUAUUCCAAUAUUUGUUCAGUAGAUUAAAAUGAAUGCAUAUUUAAACACCACUUAUAAGCCAUUAUUUUGUAUUUUGCUAAAGCAUUCUAUAUAAUUCUCUUAUGUUUGGCAUAUAGGAAAAAUAAAAACAUUGCAGCAUCUAGGCAAAUAAAGUGUCAGAAGGAGAACUUAGGAUGUUUGAUCAUUGAAAGUAGUGGAAAGGGUGGGGAAUAGGAAACACGAAAACAGCUCUGAAUGAAAUUUGAGAAGUGGUAGUUUGCUUUUGGUGAUAGCGGCAUGUGCAUGCUUCAGUGGAAAACAUUUGAUGAUGAAAAUGGACAACAGAGGAUCAAUGCUCUUAGUGGAAGAAAAAGGGCUGGG